UGUCUAGUCAAGUUCCUCAAAGACUCGAAAUGCGAACCGACCGAUGCCGAAUGUAUAUGCGCCAACACAGUCCUUAACGACAAUGUCGGCGCCUGCACACUCACAAGCUGCACUGUGGUAGAAGCUCUUGCUGCGAGGAAUGGAACGGCAACGCUCUGUGGGGAGCCAGUAAGAGACAGGACUCUUAUCGCGCCAGUUGCAACUGCUGUAUCUGGGUCUUUGGCCUUGGCAUUCAUUGCGCUGCGUGUGUUUGAGUGUUUGUAUCAUAAGGAAUUUCAAUGGGCGGAUAUCUGUGCCGUUUGUGCAAUGGUGAGUGGGCAUCGUGGUUUGAAGGCCAACGGCUUUGGGAAGGAUAUCUGGACCCUGAGCGAGCAACAAAUCACAAAUGUCGUCAAGUACACCUGGGUCACACAAGUCUCGUACAUCCCAGCCAUCUGCCUGACCAAGAUCGCCAUCAUCUCCAUCUUUAUCCGAGUCUUCCCCCAAAAGAUCUUUCAGAUGGUAUGUUGGGGCACCAUAGCACACUGCGCCCUUUUCAUGGUGUCGACGACUAUCGCUGCCAUCCUAGCUUGCGUCCCCGUCGAGGCUGCUUGGACGAACUGGAAGGGAACAAAGGAGGGUGUCUGUUAUGAUAACAAUACCUUUUGGUGGGCUCAUUCGGCCAUCAAUAUCGUCACCGACUUGUGGAUCAUCGCUCUCCCCAUUCCUCAGCUUCUCAAGCUGCAGCUGGGAAGGAAGAAGAAGGUCUAUCUGAUUCUGAUGUUUAGCGUCGGUAUCAUUAUCACUGUCGUCAGCAUCGUCCGCUUCUCUGGUCUCGUCACGUACUCCGCGACCUCGAACCCAACGUACAAUAACGUCAUGGUUGCAACAUACAGUGUGAUCGAGUGCAACGUCUCCAUCAUCUGCUGCUGCAUGCCCGCCCUUCUCGCAUUCCUACGCCGAGCCUACCCAAGCUUGUUUGGCAGCACCAACCGUUCCCUCGAGUACCGAUCGAAAAGCAUUGGCGGCUCCAAGUCGCCGUUCCCAAGCAAUGGAAUUCAGAAGAGUGUGACGCAGUCAGUCUCUUACAUGCCAUGUUCUGACGAUUCCGAUGUGGUUGAGUUGAUGGAUGUGGAGGAGAACAAGCCGGACCGAUAUCACAGGUGGUAG